UUUACAGGAUACAGCCAAAACUAAAAUUUAGACUAUAUAAUGAAGAACAAUUUUUAAGUUUCUUUUUCCUCCAAUCUCAUAUAAGUUGGAGACAUGGGCAAGGAAAACUGCACUGCUCUGGCUGAGUUCAUUCUCCUCGGACUAUCAGAUGUCCCUGAGUUGAGAGUCGGCCUCUUCCUACUGUUCCUUCUCAUCUAUGGAGUCACGUUUUUAGCCAACCUGGGCAUGAUUGCACUGAUUCAGGUCUGCUCUCAGCUCCACACCCCCAUGUACUUUUUCCUCAGCCAUUUGUCCUUUGUAGAUUUCUGCUAUUCCUCAAUAAUUGUGCCAAAAAUGUUGGCUAAUAUCUUCAGCAAGGACAAAGCCAUCUCCUUCCUGGGGUGCAUGGUGCAAUUCUACUUGUUUUGCACUUGUGGGGUCACUGAGGUCUUCUUGCUGGCCGUGAUGGCCUAUGACCGCUUUGUGGCCAUCUGUAACCCCCUGAUGUACACGGUCACCAUGUCUCAGAAGCUGCGUGUGGAGCUGGCAUCUUGCUGCUACUUCUGUGGGAUGGUGUGUUCUCUGAUUCACUUGUGCUUAGCUCUUAGGAUCUCCUUCUAUAGAUCUAAUGUGAUAAACCACUUCUUCUGUGACCUACCCCCUCUCCUAAGUCUUGCUUGCUCUGAUGUCACUGUGAAUGAGGCACUGCUGUUCCUAGUGGCCACUUUAAAUGAGAGUGUUACCAUCGUGAUCAUCCUGACCUCCUACCUGCUAAUUCUCACCACCAUCCUGAAGAUGCGCUCUGCAGAGGGCCGGCAUAAAGCCUUCUCCACCUGCGCUUCUCACCUCACUGCCAUCACUGUCUUCCAUGGAACAAUCCUUUCUGUUUAUUGCAGGCCAAGUUCAGGCAACAGUGGAGAUGCUGAUAAGGUGGCCACCGUGUUCUACACGGUCGUGAUUCCCAUGCUGAACCCUCUGAUCUACAGCCUGAGAAAUAAGGAUGUGAAAGAAGCUCUCAGAAAAGUGAUGAACAAAAUUCACUCCUAGGGAAGAUUUUAUUAGCACAAUUCAGGAUUCCCAAGUAGUGGCAAGCGGGGGUUCAUGGGAGGGGCACA